AUGUCGCAACAACAGCCAGAGGAGAGAGUGUUCACCUUUGUAGACUAUGACAUUAACCGACGCGGAGUCACCGAGACAGCACGCGCGCAUCUGAUGAAAGAUCGUGUGCGAUCCAAGAGAGAAGCGCGAUCAGAAUGGGUUUCUCGAAACCAGUUCUCGCCGUUGCGAUGGAUGCGACCCAAAGAGGAAAAUGGACAACCAAAUCCAGACACAACAAAUGCACCGUCCGCCAGGGCUGGCGAAUCAGACCGGGCGACCAAGAAUCGAAUUUCUCAUUAUGCAGCUGUCAUCGACUUCCAGCGGGAUAGCGUCACGGUGUCACCAUUUCUACGGAAGCCUCGUUCAGAAUCACCACGUUCGAGGACCGCCGUUAAAGCCGAACCACGGACAAAGCUGGAGGGCCAGGACAAAACUUCGUCUGAACGGGCGACAGUCGACAGGAAACGACGUGCACCGUCACCAGGAGAGGGCGAUCCUCCAGGGGACUCCAGAUUAGGCAAUUCUCCCUUUCCCUUUACCGACACGGAAUCGCCCAGGUCCAGUGCCAGCGUGUAUGAUGUGGAGCGUCACUCUCCGCAACUGUGCACCAAGUCGCGCAGGGAAAGCAUGGAGAGUCGCUCGGAAUUCGGAUUAUCGUUACUCGAAGGGCUGAAGAUCGAAAACACUCCGCCUGAGCAGCAGUCGACCCUGCAGGAUCGCUUUCCUGGAUCCGAGGAAGAACCGCACCGCACGGUGCUGCGAGAACUCCAACAGUCGGUCGACGUGUCGCGUAUUGUCUUGACGCCAAUCGAUCGUAAUUUGAUUCGGUACUUCGCGCUAAACGCAGCAUCCAUGCUGGGCUUGGAUGUUUAUCCCGAGAUCGUGCAAAAACACGACCCUGUGCUCAAACUGUUUAUCCCAUUUGCUCUUUCAAGCCAAUGGUGCUUCGAGACCAUGGUACUACUCUUCAGCGCCAACCAUUUCCGAAAAUACGGACCACAGCCCGAGAUCGACUUGUUCGAUGCCGAGAACCACUAUUUGGCCGCUCGACAGAACUUCAUACUUGCACAAACUCGGCAAAGGAUAUCCGCCCUGGCCAACCAAAAGGAUUCGAGUGACGAAGACGUAGUGGCCUUCCUGUUUCUGGCCUUGGCCGAGUAUUGUGCGGGCCACCGACAAAUUGGACUUAUGCACUUCAAAGCCUGGAAAGAAUACUGCGAGAUGCGACGGGUGCUGGGCAUUAGGCCCUGCGGUCUCCCCUGCAAGACCAUCGUGUGGUGGUGUAUCUCGGUACUGACGGAGAGCGAUGUAUUGCUCGAUUCGAUUAUUAAUCCUGCCACCAGAUCUCGGGUCAGGGAAGAUCCUGGCAAACUCUUUAGGUAUUUCGAGAGUUUCAGUGGGCAACAGUCGAGUGAGACGGACAAGUUGGCGCUGCCGGCAAAGUUGGACAGGAGGAUCACCUGUUAA